GUCAAUUUGAGAGUUCAUUUUCAAUUUUCACCGGUUGUCGCUCUCGAAGUCGUCGUAAAACCGAAAACGUAAAUGUAUUGCUUCCACAUGCAAAAUCAUCAAGCGUUUUCACAUUUUUCUUAAUUUAAAUUCAAAGUAAUUUGUUUAAUAAUAUUUGCAUUUGUUUGAUCAACACUGUGUUAUCGAAAAUCCCACUGAAAGCAAUUCAUUCGCAUCGCUUCAAUAAAAUUGCCUUAGAAUUUCUCUACUAAAAUAAAACAAGCUCAACACAACUGCCUGGACUAGAGACUAGAACAAGCACAACCUAACUUUUAACUAUUCUAGAACACAUUUUCAUUUAAUUCAAAAUGAAAUCACAAAUAUUAAUUGCAUUAUUAGUUGUAAUCAUUACACAAACUACAAAUGGUUUGAAGGAGGAAGACUGCGAAGUGUGUGUGAAGACUGUUCGUCGCUUUGCUGAGACCCUCAGUGAUGCCACAAAGAAAGACCACAAGAAAAUCGAGGGAGAGUUCAAGAAGUUCUGCAAAACUCAGAAGAACAAAGAACAGAGAUUCUGCUACUAUCUUGGAGGUCUCGAAGACUCAGCCACUGGUAUCCUAAAUGAACUUACAAAACCUUUAAGUUGGUCUAUGCCCGCAGAGAAGGUUUGUGAAAAACUAAAGAAGAUGGACGCACAGAUCUGUGACCUUCGUUAUGAAAAACAAAUUGAUUUGAGCGCUGUCGACCUUAAAAAAUUGAAAGUUCGUGAUUUGAAGAAGAUCCUAGCCGAUUGGGAUGAGUCCUGCGAUGGAUGUCUGGAGAAGUCUGACUUUAUUAAGAGAAUAGAAGAACUUAAACCCAAAUAUGUACGCAAUGAGUUAUAAGAAUAAACCUACCGCAUUCGUAAGAUAAGAAGAA